AUGUUCCCUAAAGGAAAGUACAACACUGAUAUAAGUCGCAAUGCUCAAUAUAUCGUUCUCUUUCGAAGUCCAAGUGAUAGAAAACAAAUUGGGAUCGUUGCAGAAAGAAUGUUUGAUAAACAAAGAAAUCGAUUCAUGGAAGCCUUUUACAGGGAAACGCAAAAACCUUUCGGUUAUUUGCUCGUGGAUAAUAAGCCAGAUACACCUGUAGACAAACAGGUUGUUGGAGACAUUUUUUGGCAAUGUCAUGUUUAUUCUUCUAUCAACAAGGCUAAUGAAGAGAGUGGAAGAGCCAAAUCAUCAGCUGAUGUUAGUCAGUCACGGGCCCCUUCAGUUUUCUGGUCCGAUGCUAUCAUACCUGUAUGGCAAAAUUACACGAAUGAUGUCAAAUAUGUCAAGUCUAUACCCCAAGGUUAUACCAUAGUGGAGAUGUAUAAAACCUCCCGCAAUCCACAUCAUCCAAAUCAGCCGGGCGUUAGCUUAGGAGACAUCGACACAAUUCUGAGCAAAGGCCAAUUCCAGAUAAAGGUCUGGCACUCCAAUAAAGAAGUCAUCGAUCAAACUGACGGAGAGCAGUACACAGAUCUGCUUGGACACCGAUGGAACAAGGAGGCAGACACCUUCUCCCUCAAGAAGGCUGCAAUCACAUCAUUUAAUCAAAGCUUGACAAAACGCAAUUGCCUAGCUCUCCUCGCUCAACUCUGGGACCCUAUUGGCCUCGUGUCACCGGUUACAGUGAAGUUCCGAAUCGACCUUCAAGACUUAUGGAGCUCAGGCUUCAACUGGGACGACAUUCUUCCAGAUAGUACUCAUCAGAAGUGGAAAGAGAACUUAGAGGUCAUGAACCACUUACUGACCUUCGAAUUCGAGCGACAACUCAAGCCCAGCAACUCAGUUGGUCCACCGGAAGUCCAUGGAUUCUCGGACGGAGGGGAGUUAGCCUAUGGUGCUGUCAUAUUCCUCAGAUGGAGCCUGGAGGACAGAUCCUAUAAAUGUGUCCCAAUACUCAUCAAACCCUUCGUCGCGCCAUUAAAAAAGAAGUCUAUCCCAAGACUCGAACUGCUUGGGUGCCUAGCCCUUACCAGAAUGUACGACAGCAGUACAAAAGCACUUGAUUUCGCCAAGAUAAUCAACUGCAGAAGGACCUUCUGGGAUGAUUCAUCCACUGUACUCUCUUGGGUAAAGACUCCCCCAAAGGAGUUCAAGCCUUUUGUCUCAAGCAGAGUUGCCGAGAUCCAAGAAACAGUCGACACUAACGAUUUUAAGUAUAUCAGAUCAAAAGAUAACCCUGCUGACGCCCUUACUAGAGGCAUCAAGCCAGAUCACUUGAAAUCCUGGCUUAACGGCCCUACGUUUCUACAACAACCAGAAAGGGAAUGGCCUAAGUUCGAAGAGGAGGCACGGAGCAACAAACCUUCUUUAGACGCUGAAGCAAGAAGAGAGAUGAAAACCCCCAACACAAAGCUAACCGAAAUCAACUCAGCAGACCACUCGGCAUACCCAGUAGAGGAGGGAAGAGACAACCCMAUCCUUUCACAACUGUUGAAAUCAUGUUCCACGUUCCAAAAGAUAAGGAGAACCUUAGCCUACGUACUACGCUUCAUAAGAAAAGCUUCCAAGAAGACUAACAAUAAAGGAUCACUUACUGUUGAAGAGUUAAAACAAGCAGAGACCCAACUCUUCAAGUUCACUCAACAAAACAUAGAUGUAAGCAAGCUCGACAAAAGCCUGUCAGCACAGUGGGGUCAAGACGGAGUCAUGAGGGCCCASGGGCGAUUAGAGAACAUACAGUCACUCCCAGAUGAGYUACGAAAUCCAGUYAUUCURCCCAAAGRCAACCGGCUAGUAGAGCUCCUUAUCUUGCAYCUUCACACAAAGAGGAGACACUGUGGCUACAAGAGCUUAAUCCACGAAAUCAGGAGACGAUUUUGGAUAAUUGGUGUACGUAGCACUACCAAACGCCUUACAAGAACAUGUAUUACCUGCAGAAAUAACAUGUUUUCCACAAUCCUCAUUGCUGUGGCUACCAUGGUCACGAUGACAGAGGCCCACGGCAAGUACAAAGCCUGUGAAUACAGUGAGCUCACYAAAUGUAACAAAGUGUUUAUGUCAGGAUUUACCAACUCUCCACAGAGCACUGACAUGAGUGACUACUGCACAGCAUUCCAGAAAUAUGGUGACUGCCUUACUCAGACUAAAGACUGCAAAGGAAAGUUCAUUGAUCUGGACAGAUUCAUGAUCCUACAACACAUGUGGGUGGACAAAGAGCUGUUGGUUUGCAAGAACCAUAAUAUUGAUGGCCUCACGAACGUUGUCAAUGAAAGAUUGGCCUAUCCUGAAUGA